AUGUUGCCCGGUCAGGGCAAGGGUGCCUCACUUUCAACAGGCACAGGUGAGGGUAAAGUUGGGGAAGAUGCCAGGAAUACAGGCAAAGAUUCGGCAGUAAGCUUAGAACAAAGCCUAAGUCAGGUGCACGGCAUCGUUCCAACACUUCAAAAUAUUGUUGCAACGGUCAAUUUGGAAGUAAGGCUGGAUCUGAAAACGAUUGCACUGCAUGCACGAAAUGCCGAAUAUAACCCAAAACGUUUUGCUGCAGUGAUUAUGCGUAUUCGUGAACCGAAAACAACUGCGCUCAUCUUUGCAAGCGGAAAAAUGGUCGUUACAGGAGCAAAGAGUGAAGAUGAUUCACGUUUGGCAAGUCGUAAAUACGCUCGUAUUAUCCAAAAGUUAGGUUUCGAUGCACGAUUUAGUGAAUUUAAGAUUCAAAAUAUCGUCGGAUCUUGUGACGUUCGCUUCCCAAUUCGUCUCGAAGGUCUUGCAUACAGCCACGGUGUCUAUUCAUCGUAUGAACCUGAACUGUUCCCUGGCUUGAUCUAUCGUAUGGUCAAACCCAAGGUUGUAUUGCUAAUUUUCGUUUCAGGAAAGAUUGUGCUAACGGGUGCAAAAGUACGUGAAGAGAUUUAUCAAGCGUUCAAUUUGAUUCUCCCCGUGUUGGCUGAAUUCAAGAAGCCUUAA